AUGGCUGAACAAACUGACGAAAACAACAAUACGGCUACGGAAUGCACCUUUCCACCUGGAAGCAGGCGCGUGGAAUAUGAAGAUCUAGAUCCCGCCCAAAAAGAACUCGAACAUAUCUUGGCGACCAUGAAACGUGACCCAACGGGCAUGGGCAUAAGCCAUCUUGGCCGAGAUGGAAUCUAUCGAUCCCUCACCGCUGAUCGCGACGUUGUUGAUGCCGUUCCUUUCCUGCCACCUCUAGUCAAAGCAAUGCUUGAUCGCUUCCCAUACAACGAGGAAGCCGUAAAGGUAUUCCGCGGGGUUAAUGGGACAAAGACGCCGAAAGAACAAUGGUACAAUCCUUUGCCAGGCAUUUUACCUCCACCGCUUGAGGAAGAACAUCGUGAGGAAGCGAGAGAGGGGCAAGACGACUAUAGAAAUUGGUAUGAGGAGAGGAGGAAAAAGAUUGAGGCAGGCAUUUUUGUGAGAAGAGCGGCUUGUUUGAUGUCGGAUCAUGACCUCGGCCCAGAGGCAAUGACCACAAAUUAA